GCUUUAUAAAUUCCGUGACCCGGAAGUACUUCAGUGUUGCUGACGAGGUGCUGAUGGGUCGAUGUCAACUGGAUGAAAAUACAAGAUCUAUCGCUUCAAUACACUGGUGAGUUUGGGUGAGGAUGACGAUGACUCACGUGGGGGCAGUAGUUGGUGCAGUAACUGCAGUGAUGGCCAUCCUGCUGCACUCCUCCAUUCACAAGAUAGAGGAGGGGCACCUAGCUGUUUACUACAGAGGAGGAGCUUUGCUAACUGCACCCAACGGCCCUGGAUACCACAUUAUGAUGCCCUUUCUUACCACCUACAGAUCAGUACAGACGACUCUUCAAACUGAUGAGAUAAAGAACGUGCCUUGUGGAACUAGUGGGGGAGUGAUGAUCUACUUUGACCGUAUAGAGGUGGUCAACAUGCUGGUGCCCUCAUCUGUGGUGGACACAGUGAAGAACUAUACAGCUGAUUAUGACAAAACUCUAAUUUUCAACAAGAUUCACCACGAACUCAACCAAUUCUGCAGCGUACACACUUUACAGGAGGUCUACAUCGAGCUGUUUGAUAUCAUUGAUGAGAACCUGAAAAUCGCUCUGCAGAAAGACCUAAACUCUAUGGCGCCUGGACUAACGAUACAGGCUGUCCGAGUCACCAAGCCCAAAAUCCCAGAGGCCAUCAGGAGAAACUUUGAGCUCAUGGAGGGGGAGAAGACUCGUCUGUUGGUAACGGUUCAGACUCAGAAGGUUGUGGAGAAAGAAGCUGAGACUGAGAGGAAGAAAGCCGUCAUCGAGGCUCAGAAGGUGGCUGAAGUAGCACAGAUUCAUUUCCAACAGAAGGUGAUGGAGAAAGAGACUGAGAAGAGGAUCUCUGAAAUAGAGGACACUGCGUUCUUGGCAAAAAUGAAGGCCAGGGCUGAUGCAGAGUAUUAUACAGCCGCUAAGUUUGCUGAAGCUAACAGGUUGAAGUUAACACCCGAGUACCUUGAGUUGAUGAAGUACCAGGCGAUAGCAGCCAACAGUAAGAUCUACUUCGGCCAGGACAUCCCUAACAUGUUUGUUGAGGGACACAGCCCUACCCAGGACCCUGAGCCCCCGAAAGCCUCUGAACAGGCCAGACACUAAGAUCCGAGACUAGCUGUCUGUCUGUCUGUCAGUUGAAGGGUUUGAGGGACAAAGGGAGUUUGAGGAGUCAUUCCCCUAAUUGGGGUGCGUAAAGGCUUUAGUUUUAAUUCUAUCGGCCAGAGAGAGAGAGGGAGGGAGAAGGGGGAUUGGUAAAGAAGGAUGGGGAGAGGAAGGAGUGAGCGAGAAGCAUGGAAAGAGAAAUUCAGAAAAAAGUGAGGGGGGGGUGGGGGUCGCAGGGAGAGAGCGAGCGGGUCUGUCUACACCUGUGUUGAGCAGGCAGUCGGUGGGAAGGAUCAGUAAGAGGCAUUAAUGCUGAUAUUUGGCCUGGGUUGAGUGUUAGGCAGGUGGCUCUCAGUCGCCCUGCUCUACAUGUGCAGCUUUGCAUCGGAUGCAACUCUUGGCUUUGUUUUUUGGAAUUGUAUAAUUUUUGUUGUUGUUUGAUGCUUUAUGCAAAAUAAUGAAUUUAAAUUGAACUUGAACAUUAAGUUCAGCCUUACUGUCUAAUUUGUUUUUAGCUUAACUAGAAUGUAAAGAAGGCAACACUAAUUCUGAACUAAAGGGUUUCUGGUUCUGAUUCUAAAUGGAGUUUGGUGUAUUGGUACUCCGGUCUCUUUCUAGUCAUCCACAGUUUGUGUGUUUGCACGUGUGAGAGAGCAAGAAAGGGGUGUGUGUGUGUGUGUGUGUGUGAGACUAAGGGAGAGCGAAAGGAAACGAGAAAUUGUGUGUGAGCCCAUACUCCAUUCUUACCCCAGAGCAGAUCUGAGCCAGGACAAUGAGACACUACAAACCUUCAGUCUGUCUGUCGGCACACAUGGGUUGGACUUCUCGUAAGCGCAGAAACACCCAGUGGAACUCCUUAGAACUCUUCUUAGAACCUAUGUAUGGGGGGGGGGACUGAUUAAAAAUAGUUUUUCUGUAGAGGGCUGCGAGAGGACUGGCUUGUAUUGCCAUUCUAAGCUAAAGGGCUUCUGGGUAGUGUAGUCUUGGUGUGUAUUUUCAGUCGGGAAUCUAGUGUCAGUGGAAUAGUUGUAGUUAAAUGGGUUGAUUCUCUGUUUGAGGCUGAGGUUAAACAAAUGAUCUAGGAUCAGUUAAACUGGCUGGCAGAAGGACACUGAAGUCAGACUUGCCCUUUAUUUUCUUUCUGUUUACUGUGAAACACCUCCAGUAGAGAAUACAGGACUACUAAUACAAGGGCUGUUGACGGUUUGCCUGGAACCACUACACUGUAUGUCAGCCAUGUGUGGCUAUUGAAUGCAAAACCAGACAAACCGGCUCCGACUACAUUGACACAGGUAGAGCGGAAGGCCGAUGCUUUUCUUGCGCCAUCGUUCCGUUCAAACUGAGCUGGCUCUAAUAUUUUAUUCUCACAUGGUCCAUUUCAAAGUUUUCAGCAUAAUUCCAGGCCAACAACUAUGGUUGUGUAACCAGGCCAGCUCAGUACAUCUUGAUUUUACUUCACUCAGUUCAGCUCAGUAGUUUUUAGUUUGUAUUUAGUAGGUAGAGAGGUAGCGUUAGUGUUAACUCUCAGGAAAGAGCUUGAGGCGACUAGUGACUUGGGCAGACAGCGUCAUACUGUAUUUUUUAUAUAUAUAUAUAUAUGUACACGUGUAUAUCUCAUAUACGUGUAUAUCUAUAUGGCUUGUAUAUCCCUAUAUGGUUCUUUAUACAGAAUGGCUGUAGUGCCACCUUCAGGCUCAGAAAUUACAGGCGUAGGAAUUGACAGGCUUACAGAGAUAGACUUCGGUUCAGUAAAGCUACUCGGGCACUUCAGUAGAUUAACCACCACUAACAGGGAAACUACUCUGGAGGAGUGUAACACAGUGGGUUCACAGAGUUAGCCAGCGAACUUUGAGAAACGCUCAGAUGUAGGCUAGCUCUUGAAUUUCCGGUUUGUUAAGAAAGAAACUCUAUCAGUCGUUUGGAAUGUUGAGUGAGUCAGUUACUGUGCCAAUUUCAAGUGUAUAUAAACUUGAACAUAUGAAUCCAGAAUAUUUAGGAAAGUUAGCUGGCGAACUCCUUCAAUCCUGCCCUGUGACGUCACGCUACCGUGCUGCUGUUUACUGUACUUGAUCUCACCAAUCGUCUUUCUCCUAUGGCAUUGGUGGUGGGUUUAAAUUAGAAAAUGCAGAAAAGGAUGGAAUUAAAUUUGUCAUGGAAAUAAUUAACACGUUUUUGUGAAUGUUACUUUUGUACAAUUUUCAUAAUUUGAACUGUCUUAUUUUAAAAGAUUUAUAUGCAACAAAAAGUUCAAGUUUUGACAAUGUUCGAAUAUGUAAAAUAAAACCUAUUUUGAUACCACAA